AUAGCUGUUUAAAUAAAUGUUUUACUUAGUAUAUAUAGUAUGGGACAUGAUUGAUUAUUCGGAUAUAGUACUUAUAUAAAUUAUUAAGGGUAGAGUGUUUUAUAUAUUUAGUGAAAUGUUAAUUAGAAUACAUUAUGUUUCGUACGUACAACACGCUCGAUUCUAUGCGUAUGUCUUUUAUGUUAAAUACAAUAAAGUUGAAAUUACGACGCUUCUCGAACUCGGUAAUUUUUUUUAACACCAAAUACGGUUUCAGCUGUAUCAAACGAUGCACUUGCGAUUAAAGAAAAAUCUUUUUCAUUAUGUCAUAUCAUAAGUCAUUUUCACUCAAACCUUACCUUCGCGUCUGCUUUAUGUAAAAAAGUACUGUGUUCUGUCUUAGUUCUCAUAGAGCAGCAAUGCGAUCUCUGUGUUUGUAAUAAACCAUGCCCAGUCAUUUCCUUCUAUUUGGGGAGUUACUAAUGUCUACAUACUGUAAUUAGACUACAUGCCAUUGUUAUAUUUUAAUAUAAUAAACUUUAGUUUUAUACACGUAUUCAUUGAUUUUCUCUAUAAAUAGUACCAGAAUCACAUCAAAAUGAAUUAUAUAUUCCUUAAUUUGCAUUCUAUACAACAUCAUCAUCAAAAAACAAGUUGUAUGGUUUUAUAGGUCCGACAUCGAAAUGUGUAUAUGUGGAUGGCGAUUGCUUUCAUGUAUGAAUUCAGUAAUAUAUAAUAAUUCAGUAAUUGCAUGCCUCAGAAACAUCUAACUAAUUUAAAUCUGGCCAUGGGGAUUAAGAAGUAUAGAACAGUCAUUUCCACUAACGCAUGCUGUACAUUUAAAUUAAAUCGCUCAGAGCAUAGGUACACCUGUAUAUGCGUCGCAAUUGCACCCUGAACGCCAUCUGUAUUGAUUUUAGUCCUCCGAGCUGAAACUUCGCUCGGCACACAGCUCCUACCCAGGCCGUCUAACUAAAUGUCUGUAUCGAUUAGUGCGCUCUUUAUGUUCGUACGUUACAUAACACGCAUUCGUAAGUUUACGAAAACUUCAUAUUUUAUUAUCAAUUUAUUAUGAAGUGGAUAAUGAUAUCAAACGUGAGCUACAUAAGAACAGAUGAAUCGAAAUUAUAAAUAUCUUUUGUAACGUCUGGGGCAGAAUCUAGAAAUAGGUCAGAUCGGUAAAGCAUUGAAGGCGCAUGUGCGGGUGGUGGCGCUAGGAUCGCGGCGCGCCGUGCGCACCACCCUCGCGCUGCUAUCGGCAGCCGCCGUCGGGCACGUCCGCAGUCCAUUCUACUGACGACGCAGUUUGUUUCCGAGCCGGCUCCGCAACAUUCCUCACUCAGUACGUAGAACGCCCGGCCAGCCCCGGUGAGUGCUUCACAGCGACUGCCAAAACUGCCUAACGUGAUCAAUACCUACACUACUGUUUGACGUACCUACCUUCCUUGGUUUUAAUUGUGAUUAUAGUCCAGUGCUUAGAUGUUAUUACCGCAUUCAACACUUGAUCUGUAAUCCCUUAGUGGACUAGAUGUUAGCGUCAGGGCAUGCAUGCUUCUCUAUGUCUACCUGUUUCUGAGUGUGUUGAAUUAAACCCUGGUCCUAUCCCGGCGGCGUCGUCUUCGGGGCGUCCCGAGACUUGUGAACAUUUCGUUACAGAUAAGAUGACUUUAGGGAGAUAAGAUGCCGUAACAAAACAUAGGAGCGCAAUGAAACGACACGAGAUGCAAAGCAAGGGGGCAGAGGGAGGCGUCGGCAAGGAGGGCUCGCAGAUGUCGCGCAGCGAGUCUACCAUCAGCCGAUGUACGCCGCAUACGCCGCUCGGGCUGCCCGACAGCGUCAGCGUCGACUCCAACCCAAUGCCCACCAUAUAUCGAUGUCGCGCUCCAAUAGCAUCGCUGGAUUGCAUGGAUGACUUUAGCGCCAAUUCCCAGCAUAUGUUAGAUCAAGCUGGCGAAGUAACAGUGUCCCGUCAUAUGUCCACUUAUAUGGGAAAUCACACCACGAUGCCUUCGGUUGUGACCCCCGGUUUGAGAUACAAGAACCUCGGAAAGUCUGGUCUUAGGGUCCCCAACAUCGGGCUUGGAAUGUGGACUAUGCUCAAUGAAGAUUGUGCUGAGGACGUUGUUAUGACAGCUCUUGAAAAUGGAAUCAAUCUCUUUGAUUUGUCGGAAGCUCACUGUGCUAAAGGAGAGGCUGAACUGGGCAGGAUUUUGAAGAAGAGAAAUGUAAGGAGGACAAGUAUCAUUAUCACUACAAAAAUAUAUUGGAGUACAAAGUUUGCUCAUACUAAUAACAGGUCGGAUGAAAGAGGUCUGUCUCGUAAACAUAUUGUUGAAAGUGUAAAGUCGUCGCUGGCCCGACUGCAAGUGGAGUAUAUAGACGUGGUGCUCCUGCACAAGGUCGAUCCGGUCUGCCCGAUGGAAGAGCUGGUACGUGCAAUGAAUUUUGUCAUUAAUCAAGGAUGGGUAAUGUACUGGGGCACGGCACGGUGGUCACCGUCUGAGAUAAUGGAUGCGUAUACGAAUUGCAGACAGUUCAAUUGUAUAACACCGAUUGUAGAGCAAACUGAAUACCACAUGUUCUGCCGAGAGAAACCUGAACUCUACAUGCCGGAGCUCUACCAUAAAAUUGGUGUAGGGAUGAUGGUGUGGUCAGCUAUCACAACAGGUAAAGGACUAGGUCGCGAGGAAAUCACCGGACUCUUUGCGAAGUCACGGUUCAACAGAAAAUAUAGCACAUUCAGUUGGUGUGAAGAGGACCUUGCCGUUCCCGAAGUAAGGAGUUCUGGUAGCAAAGAACAAGUAGCAGGCGAAGAACCGCGGACAUACGGAGAUAAACUACGCGAUUUGGCUAAUUUGGCCACUUCACUGAAUUGCUCAAUGAGCCAGUUGGCGGUGGCUUGGUGUCUAAAGAAUGAAUCGGUAAACUGCCUACUGUUGGGAGCGAGCAGCGUGGAACAGUUCAAAGAGAACAUGCACGCCUUGCAGAUUGUUCCGCAGCUGACGCCCUCGGUGAUGGUGGAGAUCGAGCGGCUGCUGGCCAACAAGCCGCAGCGGCCGCCGAUGGUGUCCACGCUGGCGAUGCGCACGCAACAAAACUCCAACACCGUGCGCGUUGACAUGACCGGCGCCACUACAUCUGGCACGGGGUCUCCCAAACCUGAGGACAACGCUGGCGAGGGAGAGGCGUCCACGCCCGUCAAAGAGUCAGGGCGGGCCUUCUGUGAGAUUCAGUGACCGUGGUGGCGCGGAAGCACUGACUCUGCUUCCAAAUCUAGUAAAUCAAAGGAAUCACUUAAAGAAGCGAAACCAAAAUUCUUUUUGAAUAAUGCUGGCGAAGUCAUCAAGCGUACUGAACAAGAUGGAGUAUCAACGGACGUGGUGGUAUCAGUCUCAUCAUUAAAGGGCAAGCAGCCAGCGACCGGUGGUAGCAAAGUGAAGAAAUCGAAGUCCGACACGGCUCGACCCAGGUCUGCCUCGCUACAGCGCUCGUCGUCAGGACAACUGUCCGUAGCGCGGGACCGAAGGAGGUCACGGCUCGACCUCGCCUCACCGGCUGACUUGUAAGGGUCUUAGAACGAACACUGUACGUACAGACAACCAGUACCUAUUAUAAAAUAUUAAACAACUCAAUAUCAAUUCGAUCGAGUUGCUCUCGUAAAUUAUAACACUUACUACAAAAUUAGGGAUGUAAUGAAGCAUAAAAGGUGUCAUCAUAUAAAGGAUGCAAGGACGGAAACGAAAAAUGAUGCAAGUCCCUCGGUUGACCUAAUUUGUAGGUACAGCGUAGUCCAUCAUGCCACAUCUUCAAUAGACAUCGUGGGGUUAUGUAACAAUAAAAUUCCAAUGAAUUUAUUCAGCCAGAAUAUUGUUAUCUUUAAGAACUACACUUUGCAGACCUUUCCAACUCAAAAUUAUCAAGAUCAAUACUGCCCUUGAUAAUAAUACAGUAGAUAAUGUUGAAAAUAAUUUUCCGUAGAUUUAUAUAUGCGUGGAUUAAAGUAUUCAUAAUGGACGAAAAAGAUAAAUCGAUUUCAGAACAAUUUUAAAAGGUCUAGAUUAUGCGAGAAUCAAAGUGAUUUACAAAGAUCUGUGAUGCGUAAAAAUAUUUUUAUGGAUACUGAAUUAGAUCUUUACAUUGGAUAUAUUAUAUAUAUUAUAUUAUCAUAAUAUCUUAUAUUGUAAUCUUAAACCAGAAGAGGGAUCUAUCUUAGAUACUGUGGAAAUUUAAAUCGGCAGGAAAAUGACCUCUGCGCCGUUCAAGUAGACCUCUAAAAGAGAAUUCUAUUGUAAAUUAUUGUUCAAUACUUCAACAUAGUAGAGACAUUAUUGUCAUUUAACACAUCAGUAUGUAUUCCAAUCUCAAAUAAGAUAAUAUAAUGUACUGGUCUUUGUAGUGACUUUGUUGUGCGUCGUUGUUAUUAACGUAUAUUGUAGAAAGUAUUGGAAUAUAGAAAAGUGAGUUAUAUUUGUAAAUAGGUAGAAUUCAAAUUUAAAUGAUUCCUUUGGAAGUACGGAUAACAGAAGCUAGGGGUUUUAUAAUAUAGUAGUUUAUAAGUUAAUUAUUUUAUGCUUCAAAUACUUCACGAUUAUCUUUUAACAACUUUAAUACUCUCUGGCUUAAACAUACAAUUUAAUGUCAUUUUAUGAACAUACAACGAUUCAGUUAUUUAAAUUUGCAUUGAGGUAAUUGGUUGCGUCUAAAAUAUUAUAUAUUCAUGUGUACUACUGUGAACUUUAACGCGUAUUGGUAACAUGUCGGUAACUCACUAGUAUUAACGAUAUAUAUAAACAUCAGUUUACUAUGUAGGUAAAUAGCCUUUUGAAGCGUAGAGCGCUGACUAGCAAGGCGUAGAUUUCGACAUAUAAUCGGUACCUAUUGUAAUCUUGUUAGGGACAGUCACCUUGUUCGAAUUUUUCGACCAGUGCUUCAUUCAAUUUUAACCAUUAUGAUACUAUAUGUAGAUUAAAUUAUAUUUGCGGUUAACAGUUAAAUAUAUAUUUUAGUGGUUUCAUUUUAAAGUUUCAGGAAUAAAUAUAUUUUAUUUAUAUAUGCACUUAACGAUGCGAACUAUUAUAUUUUUUAUAUGUAUGACAUAGAUAUUUAUAAAGCUAAAUUAAUUUAUUAUUGUCAUAUAUGAAUGUUAGUACCUACAUUAUUAUAUAUCUUAUAAUGUUUAAGUGUAGUAACACUAUAAUGUUUAAUUGUACCAAAAUUUUAUGUAUAACGGAUUAAAAUAGCCACGACACUAUAUAUUACAUUGAAUAGGUAUAUAAUAUAUAAAAAUAUUAUCACAGAACAAUUAAAGCUAGUUAUAUGUACAUAUACAGAUUAUAUCUUAUUCUUAUAUGUAAGUAACAUUAUCAUAUACAAAUUGGAAAGGUCUUAACCUUUACUUUGCGUGGUCUCUUUCACAUCCUAAUCAUUUGAUAUAAGAAAGUAACAAAAAGUAUUAAUAACCGAUUAAUAAAAUAUAUUGUUAAGAAUAUUAUAAUAUAUAAAGAUCUGUUAUAGAUACAAAUGAUAAAAUAAUAUAAAAUUUAUUGCAUUCAAGCGAUAACUCGAUUUAUGAAUAAUUAAAUAUUUUUUCAAUAUGACAAAAAUAGUAUUUAGUCGUGUUUUAAAAUGGAAUAAACUAUUGUAAUCGUUAGGUCGUGUUACAGUAACAUAAAUGUAGCCGUUCCUGAAGCUUAAAGUUUCUGUAUACAGAUGUCCCAAAUAGACCAUAAUAUCAAGAAUAAUGUUAUGUAAUUUUAUGAUCUUCUCGUUGUGCAAUUGUGUGCUCUAACAUUGAAAUGCGGGAGUUUAUAUUCGUUCAAUAGUAGGUACAGUUCAUGCUAGUUAAUUGUUUUAAUGUAUUUUGGCAAUUUGUAUAUUGUAUUUAGUUUCUUGUCUCAUGAUACAAUCAUAAGAUUUGAAAUUUAUUUAUUUGUUAUUUUGGGUCGAAAUUUCGAAUCAAUUUCCAAUCUCUUACAUAUUAGUUCACACAUUUAGACAUAGAUAGCAUUACAAUUUGUAUAAUGGGAGCUAUUCGGUGAAACGGGCUAAACGGUAGUGUUUUAUAUAGUAUAUCAUGUAAGAUCUAUUUUAAGGGAUCGGAGUCGAGUACCUGCUAUGAAAUAGUGUCACAUAUGACACGUGUAUUUACAAUGGGAUAGUGUCACUGUAGUGUAAUAAUUUCAUCAUUACUGUUUCUACCUAUGGACUAUGUAAAAAAUAAGAUCUACAGUGAAGACACGACAGGCUGGUACGUCUACGAGUGUCAUAUGUUUGCUUCUAAAGUUGAUCAGAAAAUACAUAGGCACACGUUACCCUAGUAACAUAAACUAGCAAAUAGUGCAUGCAGAGAAGACGUAUUCAUAAUAUUAUAUGUCGUUAUAUUUGUGUUUAAUGUUUAAGCCAGAAUAAAUGUGUUACACAUAAUCAUAACUUAAUAUGUCAUUCAAUAAAGUUUUACUCGUCAA